AUCCUAGGGGCGGAGGCAGGGGGGCGGUUGGGUCUUGGUCAAACGAAGGUGAAGGCCUUCCGACGAAAAAUUCCCUACUCCUUCCCUGCUCUACGCCUGCCAUGGUUGCAGCUGUUGAGCUCCAUCACCGCUUCUCACCAUCACCGACCUUCCAGCAGCCCAGCCGUUGCAAGUUUGUGUUGCGCGAGAGCAGCUCCCUGAUGGGUUGUUUUCCUUGUUUUGGCGCGAGCAAGGAGGAGUCCAAUGGUGGCAAUGGCUAGGAUGUGAAGAAGAAGCGGAGUCCAUUGGUGCCAUCUCAAGUUUCGAGGGUUUCUUCAGGUACAGGUGUAUUUUUUGUGGAUAAGGUUUAAUGGCUAACCAGAUAAAAGGUGAUGGGAGUGAGAAGGAGGGGACAGAUAUGGCACGAGGGCGGAAAGAGGACCGAAGGGCAUGUGGACUUUUGUGCCCCCCCAUGACCAGGCGUUAUGGAUAAGCCAUAAAAAAAAAGGUCCAUGUUCAGAUUUCUUCCCCCCCCUUGCAUUGCCACCAUAAAAUCCCAAAUCCCCAGACAGAUUAAGCUUCCCCCAAAUCGCCCCCUCCAGAGUUCCCUCAUCCAUCUUCAUCAGGAGGAGACGAAGCGGAAGAAGAAGAAGAAGCUGCUGCAGAAGAAGGGAGAUAAUAGAGAGAGAGAGAGAGAGAAAUAUGGCGAAGGCAUUGAAGAGCAACUUGUGCGUUCCAUGUGCAACCUUCUCCCUUUCGACUUCUCUUUCUAAACAGUCCCCUGGUUUGGGCUUUUCGCGUUCUCCUUCUUCCCUGCGAUUUCAGCACUCGAUGGCCUCCUCCUCCUCUUCCUCCAUCAGGACCGAAUUUUAUGGCAAACCUGGUGGGAUCUCGGAAACCCAGAGCACUCCCAGAGCUUUUGACAACCCUCAAGCAUUCCCUGUUCAGGCCCAGAGUAGUCCGUUGCUAGGAAAGGCCUUAAAGUGGUGGGAAAAGGGGCUUCAGCCCAACAUGAGGGAGAUUGAUUCCGCUGAAGAUCUCGUUAAUUCUUUGCGGGACGCUGGAAAUCAACUCGUGAUUGUCGAUUUUUUCUCCCCUGGCUGUGGUGGAUGUAGGGCUCUUCAUCCCAAGGUAUGCCAACUAGCAGAGAUGAAUCCAGACGUUCUGUUCCUCCAGAUAAAUUAUGAGAAACAUAAGUCCAUGUGUUAUAGUCUGAAUGUUCACGUUCUACCGUUUUUCCGAUUCUACCGAGGAGCUCAGGGUCGUGUCUGUAGCUUUAGUUGCACAAAUGCUACUAUUAAGAAGUUCAAGGACGCGUUAGCAAAGCAUACCACAGACAGGUCCAGCUUGGGUCCUGCGAAAGGUCUGGAACAAUCUGAGCUCUUGGCUUUGGCUGCAAACAAGGAGCUUUCCUUCAGUUACUCAACGGAGCCUAACACAAGCAGCAGCCCCGUUGCCCCUGCUCGACCAGAAGAAACUCACCGCCGAGCUCCUUCUGUUAAGCCCGCUCAAGGGGCAGAUGGGAGGGAGCUCGUGACCGCCACCGGACGGUGACUCCACGUCCUUUUUAAAACAUUUUACAGUGCCAUACUCCCCCUUUUUCUUCUUCAUCUUCAUCUCAUCCCGCCCGCUUUUGGGGUUUGGAGAUGCCUAUUGUAAUGGAAUUGUAUGUAUUGUGUCUCGGAGCCGGAGGGGUUUCAUAUAGUUUGUUUAACCUCUCCGUCUGUACAUAAUCUCCCAUUGCUGGUUUUCGGGGGUUUUAUUGGGCUACAACUUUUGUUUAUUUUCAUGAUCAGCCUCCCCGAGGAAGUUACAGGCGACGCCAGGCACAGGGAUCGAGAAUUCUGUAACAAGACGAUAUGUGUAGAUUUACAAGGCUCCUGCUUCCGGAUGUAUUUCUGAUCAAGAAGUAAAAAUGUUUAAUGACAGCAGAUUAUUAUAUAUGGAGAUUUACAAGGUUUGCUUC